AUGUCCAGCCAAAACGCUCAACCCGUGGCUACUAAAUCUGUCGCUACAAUCACCUCCCGCAGUGGGCCCAGUGUGAGAAACGGUACGGAGAAUGAAGCUGGCGGAAGCAACCUGGUCACUCCCAGACGCUCAGGACGGGAAAUCCCUAACCAUGGGAAAACUCCAUCUAGGGAGCUCAGGAUGAGCUCUCGCACUCGCCGUCUCAUGUACGGCGAAACCUCGACGACGGACACCGAACAGGUCACCCCAGACCGAGUUCGACAAGUCAACCGCAGCAUGGCGAGAAACAAUGCAUCAAGGCCGCGGAACCGGCAGAUCGCCAGCACGGAAGAGGCCAGGGAGAAAUCGAGGCCGACUACGCGCCCAAGUGGAACUCGACCACUUGAUUCACAGGAUGGUAGCGAUACCAAUCCAUUCCAAUUCUAUAGGUGUUACGAGACGCCUAUAGACCAUAUUUUACCAUUGCCGGAGGAAGAACCCGAGGUCCUCGAGAUCAUCAUAGAGGAUAGUCCGGGAAAAGUUUCAAGUCCUCUACCUCGAUCUUGA